CCUGCCUAAACUUGAACAACUUUCUGCAGAAGAAAUAUCAGCAGCUGCUUGUGAUGAUAAACCAAAUCGUUUGGCAGUGGGCCGCCUUUAUAACGACAUGUGCAAGAUAAUCGAGGAAAACACUGUUGAUUCAGUAGAAACAUAUAUUGCCAACAAACCUGCGAGUUUCAAGCUGAAAAAGAACCUUCAACCACUAGAAUUAAUACAUCAAGAAAUCAUCAAAACCAUCUCACCCGUAAUUAAAACCGAGAAGAGAAAUGGUGACGUCGCGACUUCAAGUCCACAUCAGCAUGAACCGGGUCCAGUCAAUGGGACUGCGACUGCUGAUGUGUACGAGGAAUAUAAACUAACAGUUACAUCAUACUUUCCAAAUUGUGUGUAUGAGGAUCUUACUCUCAUGUCUGAUGACUGUAAAAUUACAUCCAUCACUAAGUUGUCACUUUUAGCCCAUAUAAAACAAUUAUUGCAUUGUGUUCUCUUGACCUACAAUUAUGGUACUGUUGUAAGAUGCAACAGAAGUCAUGUUGUGAAGUAUAUGUUCACCAAUUUGUAUCUCGUCGAACCCGAAUUCGCUUGCUUUACAAGAACAGUUGUUGCCGGUUAUACGAGGGUUAACUGGGUCGAUAGAAAAUGACAUGAGUUUGCUG